AAAAUAGUUCAUUUAUAUAAAAGCGCUUUUUCACUUUAAUUAUGACGAUGCUCCACUAUUGACAGAUUGCACGUGGCGAUGAUCACAUGAUUAAAACAUGGCGGACCAACCACCGACUGUAAACAGCGAUAUUCCGGAAAACAGCAAAGAAAGAUUCAGCUUAAUUAAGGAACAGUUUGUAAAGAAAUUUGGAUGUGAACCCAUUUUCUUUGCCAGAGCGCCUGGGAGAGUGAAUCUUAUUGGAGAGCAUAUCGACUACUGCGGCUAUGGCGUGUUGCCCAUGGCUGUAGAGCAGGACAUUGUCAUUGCUGUGGCAACUCAAGACAAUGGGAAACUUAACCUUUCAAAUGUUGACAGCCAAUACGUAGAUUUUGAGUGUGAUGUGGCAAAGUACGAAAUCAACUCCUCCAACCCUGUGUGGUACAACUACUUCCUGUGUGGGUUUCGGGGAAUGUCAGAGAUGCUGGGGCUCACUGAGCCCACAGGCAUGCAGUGUAUGGUGCACGGGCUGGUCCCAUGCAACGCCGGCCUCUCCAGCUCCAGUGCCCUCGUCUGCUGUGCUGCCUUGGCAACCAUGCAGGCUAACGGGCAACAGAGGUCAAAGAAAGAGAUAGCAGACAUGUGUGCGUCCUGUGAGCGCUACAUUGGUACACAGGGAGGGGGGAUGGACCAGGCGAUAUCCUUCAUGGCACAGAUGGGCACUGCCAAGAAGAUUGACUUCAACCCCCUCCGUGAAGAGUCGGUCAUGCUGCCCAGUGACGUGGUGUUUGUUGUGUCCAACUGCUGCGUAGAGAAAAACAAGGCGGCCUCGUCUGACUUCAACACAAGGGUCGUGGAAUGCAGACUGGCAUCACAGAUAAUUGCCAAGGUGAAAAAUUUAGACUGGCGCCAGUUUAAACGAUUUGCAGACCUCCAGAGAGCUCUAGGAGCCAGUCUCAGUGAGAUGGUGGCCAUAGUGGGGUCAGUGCUACAUGAAGGGGCCUACAUGAAGUCAGAGGUGUGUGAAGUGCUAGGGGUCAGCCAAGAAGAACUGGCUCAGACCAGUCUAAGUGCUAAUACUUUACAAGUUUCAGAAUUUCAGUUGCGAAAGCGAGCAUUACAUGUGUACAGCGAGGCUGGGAGGGUGGAGAGGUUCCAGGAAGUGUGCAACACAGCACCCCCUGGGGCCUCUGGAAUUCUGGGUAGUCUCAUGAACGACAGUCACACUAGCUGCAGUGUGAUGUACGAGUGCAGCUGCACUGAAUUAGACGACCUCGUCAAAAUCUGUGUGGAGGCAGGAGCUAUUGGUUCUCGACUGACGGGUGCAGGCUGGGGUGGGUGCGCUAUAUCCAUGGUUCCCAGCUCAGUUGUGGAGUCUUUCCUGGCAGCAGUGGUGGAGAAAUAUUACCAGGCCCGGGGGCUGGGCCCCAGGGUGGGAGAGGCCUUGUUUGCUACGCAGCCUGGAUCAGGGGCCGCUGUGUAUUUGGCAUGAGGAAGCAACUGUUUAAAUAGUGACCUAUGUCCCUGAAGGAAAUGAUAACAUGUAAAAUAACUUCAGUAUGGAUAGGCAGGUUAUUUAAUUUGUAAAAUAAAAAUUGGGCUAAAGUUUUAUUAAUCUAAAAAAAUGAAAAUCAAAUUUAUACAAUCUAAUUUCAGUGGUCAACCUGGUAUAUAUCAACAUCUUUAAUGUUGUUGUUGUUUUAUUCUCAUAUAUGAUGUUAUAUGUUCUUAUUUUCUCCAUUGUGUUUAGGCUAUGGUUAUCAAUAGAACAAAUAAGUUAGAAUAGUUUCAAUGACAUUUACGUAGUGCACUAUGUAUUGUAGAGUAAUUUUUGUUUGGUGAUUUUUAAAAAAUUCAGCGUGACACUGACAUUUUUGUUUAAAAUAUUUUGAUUGUUCCCAUUAUUUUAUCAUUUCCAUUAUUUAUAAAUAGAAGGAUAAUUAAUAACUAUAAUAACUGAUAUGUUGAUUGUUUUCAUUAUUUAUAAAGUGGAGGAUAAUUAAAAACUGUAAGAAUUAGAGGAAAUAACAUUGUAUAGUGAUAUACCUUUUUUGCUUAUGCAUAUUUUUGGACAUUAACAGUGAAUGUAUAUGUUGACAGAUACCAUUUUGAAUCUUGCUUGUGCUGUAAAUGUUUUUCUAUGCCCCCUUCGAAGAACAGGGGGUAUAUUGUUUUGCACAUGUCGGUCCGUAUGUCCGUCCGUCCACCAGAUGGUUUUCAGAUGAUAACUCAAGAUUGCUUAUGCCUAGGAUCAUGAAACUUCAUAGGUACAUUGAUCAUGACUCGCAGAUGACCCCAAUUGAUUUGAGGUCACUAGGUCAAAGGUCAAGGUCACGGUGACCUGAAAUAGUAAAAUGGUUUCUGGAUGAUAACUCAAGAACACUUAUGCCUAGGAUCAUGAAACUUCAUAGCUACAUUGAUCAUGACUCGUAGAUGACCCCUAUUGAUUUUCAGGUCACUAGGCCAAAGGUCAAGGUCACGGUGACCCGAAAUAGUAAAAUGGUUUCCGGAUGAUAACUCAAGAACGCUUAUGCCUAGGAUCAUGAAACUUCAUAGGUACAUUGAUCAUGACUCGCAGAUGAACCCUAUUGAUUUUCAGGUCACUAGGUCAAAGGUCAAGGUCACAGUGCCAAAAAACGUAUUCACACAAUGGCUGCCACUUCAACUGACAGCCCAUAUGGGGGGCAUGCAUGUUUUAUUUUUUAAUUAAUUAUGAAUAAUUGGUAUAUUAAUGCUAUUUUAAAUGUUAGUACGUUUUUCUACAAAUUUGUAUAAGAUUAUGGUUCAGUUAGCAUAUUAUUUCAUUUAUAAUUUAUCAAUACAAAUAUAUUUUUUUUUUAUAAUUAUGUUUGUAAAAAAAGUUGCUUUAGUCUGAAGAUAAGGUAUUAAGAAAAACAAUUAAACAUUUUGAAAUUUUUAUUUAGAGGCUUAAGUUGGGAAUCUUUAUAAAAAACUAUUUCUGUGAUGUUUGUUUGCAUAUAAGUGUUUACAUGAUACCUAAAUGUUGUUUCUUAAAUGUUUACAAUUUUGUUAUUCUAUAAAUAUUAAACUUUCAUUUUUAUGAAGCUUUAUUUACAAUAUAAUUCGCCUCCUUGGUGCAAAAAGGUACCAUAUGACAUUUAAAUUAAUAGGCACAUGGUACCUUUUUACACCAAUUGGGCGAUAUGCAAACUACUUUACAUAUAAACAGUAUUAAACGUGUACAUAUACAGUGGUUAAAUACUAUUAAGAAAAACAUUUGAAUCGAUAUAUUGGUUUCUAAUACAGCUUAUAAAACUGAAUUUGAUGUUAAAAUAUUUUAUUAAGGAAAAUUACAAUUUCCGAAAUAAUUUCUUUGAUAAAGUUUGUAUUCGAUUCAACAGACACUGCGUACUUAUCUUCUUUUUAUAUAUAAAUAAGCCGGUCUUAAAAGUAUGUGCUUUAAUAAUGAAGGACUUGAUGCAUUUACAGAUUUAUGUGUGGUAUUGUGUUUUAUCUGCGUCACUUGAUUCAUCAAAGUUUUUAUCACUUUGGUAUUGAAAAGCUACAAUGAUUUACGUGCUGACAACCCUGAAGUUGCUACUCUUACUUUUACAUGGGACUCAAGUGAAUUAUUUUUAAAUGUUAAUGACAAGACAAAUGUACAUGGGGAGUUCUAGUUGUGUUAUUUGAGCCUCGAUCUGGGAAAACCAGGCUUAAUGCUUGUGCAUAAAGUGUCAUCCCAGAUAAGCAUUUGGCUUUGAUAUCCGCAACAGGGACGGCACUUUCUCACUAGAUAGGAUUUUCGUUGCAAAGGAACUUCCUGUGAACGAAAAAUUCCAUUCAAGCGGAAAGUGGUGUGUCUGAUUAGCCUGUGCAGAUUGCAAAGGCGAAUCUUGGACAACACUACACACACACACGCAUUAAGCCCGUUUUUUCCAGAUCAGGGCUCAUAAUAGUUUUGAAAGUCUGCAAGUGUGUAUGUUAUGAAUCUAAAAUAAAAUGUUAAAAGGAAA